AUGCUUCCAUCUGUGAGCGUUUAUAGCCAGACUGGAGUGCUUCCAAUUGAACGGGAGGCUGGAAGUAUCGGCUGUGUACAAACAGCGACUGAGGUCGUGGAUUUCAUCAACACCACGUCACAGUCGGCCCUUCUUCACGAUGCGUUGCACAGGAACGCGCACACGGGGCUGUUCUUCGUGUGGUGCAUGACGUUCCGCGGACGUGCAAAACCAUGUACGGGCGUCGGGAUACUUUGCGAGCCCCCAGCUAAUCGGAAUCUCACACUCACAAGGGGACUGCACAUCGCGAAGCAUAAGCAACGGCGACCCCAGGAUGCAGCCGUUCAUUCUCUUAGCCAUGACAUGCCUAUCAAUGGUAUCCUCAUGGACGCUGUACGUCAACCCAGUAUCCCCAAUCGACCUGCUCCCCUCCUGCGCUCGCCCAACCCACCAGCCGUGCUCAAAUCGCCACUGACCCACCAGCGACCGAUACAACCUGCCCAACUGCGAAGGCGAUCGCUCAGUCGCGGCGUCCGUCGGCACUGCGCCGCGGUCUCCGCACUGCCUCGACGGCCCGGGGGCAUCUUUCUACCUGCGGGAUAUGCCGUCGGGAAUCACGGUCGAGUCGUGGUCGGGGCCGGGUUGCACGGGGGUGUUGACGGAGUGGAAGAGCCGGUCGCACACUUGUUUCAAUGCGACUUAUGA